CUUUACAACAUAUAUCUCACCGUUAUAAAAGAAGGAAUUACACAGCAAAUUUCUUUAGGAUUACAUAGAUCAGAUUACAUACUACAUAUGACUCCAAAUUCUACCGAUGCGCACAUUCAACAAGUUGAAUUCAAUACAAUUUCAUCUUCAUUUUCUAGUUUAUCAGCGUUGACUAGUGAAUUGCAUAAGUAUCUUUUGGAAUCAACAAAUUAUUUUGACGUGUCAUCAGCACUUAAAAUUGAUGCACUUCCAACAAAUGAGUCAAUGACCAAUUUACCGAAAGGUAUUGCAAAGGCCCAUCAGCUUUAUGGCUCUAAAAACGCUGUAGUGUUGAUGGUU